CGCUGCAUUGAUGCAUAUCGAACUCCAUCAACAUACAACGCAGCUAGCAGCCAGAGCAGUCAUAUAGUGUACAAGACUUCGACUACCAGCUCAAUUAACCAUUGUUUUCUACCCUACGAGGUUGGUUCACGAUGCUGGCUCUACUAGCGAUUCUGACGGUGACCGCCGUGGGUCCCCUCGGCGCUCUGUGCGGCAGUCCGCGGGUCGAUAUCUCUGGUCUCGGUGCCGUGGUCGGAGAAACCGUACACUUCCAGCGUGACACCUACCCGGCCGUAGACACCUACGUGGAUGUCUACCGGGGAAUCCCCUUCGCUGAGCCGCCAGAGCGCUUUGCUAAGCCCCAGCCUAAGACGCCAUGGUCUGGUGACCUAGACGCAACGACGUUCGGGUCCGAAUGUGCACAGCCGACCCAGACCUUGGUCGGCUUCAAUGGCGCAGAGGAUUGCCUUUACAUGAACAUCUGGGUGCCUAACCAGGCGACCAAUGCCGCCGUCAUGCUGUUCAUCUACGGUGGGACAUUUCUGACGGGCUCUGGUUCCAUGGAGUGGUACAACGGGGUUCCCCUGGCCGCCUAUCGUGACGUCAUCGUGGUUAAUUUUAACUACCGACUCGGACCGCUCGGAUUCCUCAGCACAGGGGACGACAAGCUUCCUGGUAACCUCGGAUUGUGGGAUCAAGUCGAAGCACUCAAAUGGGUCAGAGAACAUAUCGCUGACUUUGGAGGAGACAGCAACAAGAUCACCAUCUUCGGACAGAGCGCUGGUGCCGUAUCGGUCGGUCUCAUGACUGUCGCCAAGCAAUCUUGGGGUUACUACGACAGGGCUAUAAUGGAGAGUGGAACAGCCACGGCUCCCUGGGGAGUCCUCGACCCAGCCAAGGCCCGCGAAGACGCCUUCAAUGUCGGUAUUGCUGCCGGCUGCAACUUUGUCUUUGGGAGCAGUUCUCGUCUUGUCGAUUGCCUCAAGAAGAAAUCCUUAAAAGAUGUCAUGAAAGGGGCCGCAUGGGUGUUGCGUUUUAGGUUUGUUAACUUGGAAAAAGCAGUGGAGAUCCCAUUCGCACCGACCAUCGACGGGGAGCUUCUGACCAAAGUCCCGGCCGAGCUCUACCGAGACGGUGAGUUCAAGAGAAGUGACGUCCUGGUAGGCACUGAGCGGGACGAUGGCACGCUGAUAGCCGGCAAGGCCCUCAUUACAGACGCCUUGCGCCACUUCACAAUCCCGGACAUGACAAACCCUGUCAUCGACAAGGAGACAUUUGACGAAUUUCUCAACCUUUAUGUCUUUAUCAAGCACGACCAGAAGAUGUUGGACUUGAUCAGCGCGAACUACACAACCGCGGACCAAUCCAACUACUUCAAGCCGUUUUACCACAUCACCAAUGAUGAGGGUUUCGCUUGCCCCUCCGACACCGUCGUGAGAGCCUUCGCUGAGUUCAACCCCGACACCUACCUCUACCAGAUGACCCAUGUGUCCUCCUUCCACGUGCCAGGCACAACCCUGAACGACACCGUGCAACACGGCGACGAGCUUGGCUACGUCUUUGGCAGCACCUUCAAUACAGACUUAGAACCACCCCUUGAAUUGACGGAGGAAGAGGUCCAAAUGUCGGUGGAUGUGAUGCGAUACUGGACCAACUUUGCCAAAACUGGUAACCCCAACUUGGAAAGCCUGAACAACGAGGAGGCGUCUAAUGCCAAGAUUUGGCAUAAGUACAACAAACAGACCAUGUACUACAAGGACAUUGCCCCUUCAAUGGUGGACAAGCAGUAUCUUCUGCGAGACAAGUGCUAUCUCUGGAACGUUCUUCUACCCAGUAUGGUGCCAAGUGAGUAAGACGAGCAGCCAGAAAAAUCAAAUGAGCCACUGGUCUGCCACAACUACCAUGGCAGAGUGCUGCACCGUAUAGCGG